CCUAAGACAACUAUUACCUAUUUUAUUCAUGCCUUGGAAAUAACAGUAAUCCCUUUCCUCUAAAUUUUAAAAUGACUCACCCUAAAAAAAUGACAGUUUAGGCAUUGAAAAGGGAAAGCAAUAAAGUCUACGGCGAAAUUAUUAGAGAAAAUACAAUUUCAUAAUGAUAUGCAAUGAGAAUUCCCUCGUUAUGGAUAUUGGCUUACUAGCUAACGUGUCUAGAGAACUUAAAGAUCGAAUAUGUUCAGACACUAUUCAAAAGCUUCAAAAACGAACCAACCGAGAGCUGUUCAAUGUCAAUUGUGAAGUGGACAGAGUCCUAAGAAAUGAAUCUUACAUAAGAUCAAGACUAUAUUCUCCGAUUGAUGCCCGUCAAAUAGAUCACAAACGAAGUAUGAAUAUCAGAAACAUUCUAUGGAAUAAGAAGUUAUUAUUUUCCUUAAGUCAGAAAACAAAAAAGUCCCUAGAUCGAAGUCUUGGACUCCGAAAGACGAAGUCAAAGCCCACCUAUGACAAUUUUUGGGAUAGGGAACAUGUACAGAACUAUCCGUCAAAUACGGUUGUUCAGUCGGCUCCACCAAGACUAACAUCAGACCAACAACUUACCGUGAAGAUGAAAAGUGAUCAAAAAUUUAAUACUUCCCGAAAUUUCAAACUAGGGAAAAACGAAAUUUUUAUGAGUGAUUAUAACACAAGAGCAAGGAAAUUUUUUAACCCAGUGGCGUCCUGAAUCUGAUCCAUUGAGCUGGAGGGACAUACAAUUUACAACUAUUGAUAGUGAAGCCAGAGGAAAGAGCAGGAACCGAUUAUGUGGAGCAUUUAACGCAACAUCGUUCCAGCUAAUCUAUGCACAAUAAACUUGAUUUUAAUAAAUAACUUUCACAGUGAAACAUGCUUUCUGUUUUAAAUGUUAGGAAGUAAAACCCGUUUAUUCUACGAAAGACUGUACCUCGAAAAGAAAUAAUGAAGAAUUAAGCGAAUAUAUGUUUCAGCGACCUGUCAUCUAACCACAUAGAAGAAUUAUAUAAAAUGGAUAAUCAUGGAAUUUUAAAAUGCUAGAAAGUAUACUUGGUACUUGAAACCGCAUAUACAUUUAUUUUGUGGGAGAUAGUAUGGUUCAGAACGUAAAAUUCAUAACUACUAUACUUGAUCUAGUCCUCAUAUUAUUCUUGUUUAACUUUCGGUUAUCUGAGAAUUCCAUUUGCAGUUUCCUAAUUAUAGAAACUUAACUCUACAUUUUUAGUUGCUUUUCACAUUAUUUUUAAUAAACCAACGUUGUUAGCAUACAUGUUACAGAGUUUAAUUUUAAAAACUAUUCGAAUUCACAAUUGUUUAAAGUUUAUGAAUGAACUCCGCGAAAAGAUGUUUUCACUCAACCAGUCUGUCUUGUUGUAUGUUUCAACAAACAUUUUCUUUUUUAUCUUACUAUAAAUUAUUAAUUUCAAGUGAUGGGAUUAUAGUGUAGAAGUUUAGUUAUUGAAAUUUGAACACAGAUCACACGUAAUCACUACUUUAAAGCUUUUUAACUACUUAUAACGUUAUAUGAUGUUAGAAAAAUUCGACGUAAUUAAUAUAUAAUCAAUCAAUUUACUUGUUUAACUGUUGGUGUAGGGAUAUCGUUAAAAGUGAACUUAACUAGGAACCUAUAUAAUUUCUUAUAAACAAAAGAAGAGAUUUCAGAAAAGUCAAAGAUACUUCUGUUUAUUUUUAUAUUUAUAUUAUCUCAAUACAAAGCUUGGACAAAGAAAAGUGAACUGAUAGAAAAUAAUAGUGGUGUUUGUAAUAUUUCCAUUGUCGAAUUCACGAACUCAUCUGUAAUAAACUACUACUGAAGAGCUAGAAGCACUAGACAGCCAUUCAUCCGAGUGUGGGAGUCCUCAGCAGUGCACACCCAUGAUCCAACACUUGGGACUCGAAUCCAGGACCUACGGUCUCCCACGCCUUCCAGUUUUGGUCCAGCUCAGCGUUUUCAACGGCCAAAAAAUUAUACUUAUGUCGCAAGAAUUAGUGAGCAGUAAAACUUGUUUGAUAAACGUAUUUAGUUUCCAGUUAAUUUGUCAGGACACGAUGCCGGACAUGUAGGUGAAGACUGUUAAGUAUUUAACAUUCUAUCACAAUAAUAUCAGACUAUAGAACAGAACGAAUGGUGACUAACAGUGCAAUUCUAUGAAUAUGUUUAAUCCUACUUGUCACUUGUCAAAUUGAUAUGCUUGCAACCACUGAACUUAAUGGACAAAGUGUUGGCAUCCAAAGAGAGAGAUAAUGGAAUGAAGUCCUAAAUAUGACCAUCAAAAUUGGGAUACGGGCAUAUUCAACUGAAUUGUCCCAAAUAUAUCCUGAAUUCCACUAUUAGUUACAAUCAAUUUACUCCAAAAGACCUGUAUCAUGUCUACGUAGAGGCAAUCUGCACAUAUACCACUAAGGACCGAUCGAAAUUUACUCGUUAUCAUCAACAAACAUAAUCCAAACCCUUCCUAAUGAUGUUAUAAAUCUGAAUCUAUACGCACUUACAAUCAGAUUGAGUGACUUAAUUGUUAUACACUAAAAUAUCUAAUGUAUAAAUUGAUUUCGUUAAUAUAUUUAUUCCAUAACAUAAAAAUUACCAGUUAUUACUGUUACUCAAAAAAAACAAUUUAUGUAUAUUUUUUAAUAAUCACAACUGCACACAUUGUUGAUUGUUAUUCUCGAUUUGAAUUAAAUGGUGCAAAUCAAAUUACACAAUUAGAAAUCAAGUUAAAAAGCAAAAAACAGAACAAAUCACGAUAAUCUUUUCAAGAGUACAGGUCGAGCUUUGAUUGGUGUUGAAUUUUCAUUUCUUUCCUUCUUCUUCUUCCCAUUAUUGUUAUUAUUAUUUAUAUAAGAAUGUCUUGAUGUAUGUUGAUGAAUUAAAUUUUUAAUUGAUUCGCUUUCGGAAUUAUCAGAUAUUACCAAUAAGUGGUUAUUAUUAGUAGUAAAAUUUGUAUUCUGGAACGGAUUUUUAGAGACAGAUUUUUCAGAAGAAAUUUUAGUUAACCGACUAACAUCAGAGAGCAACAUUUUCUUAGGUGGUUCAUUUGAUU